AGCAUCCUUCCGGUCUCAGCAAUCCCGCCUUAGUUUAAACCUGGAAGAUGGCGGGUGUUCCUGAAACAGUACUUGUCUCCGCCCCGCAGGAUCAAGAUGCCCAGGCCGCCUUAGAUUCCCAGGCCACGGCAGCAACCUCUCCCCUAGAGGACUUCCGAGUGCGCUGCACCUUGAAGAGGGCCGUGGUGGAAGUGAUGGAGAUGUGCGGCCGCUUUGUGCAGGAGCUCGGGGCCGCGCUGCCGGAGGACGUCCGCGAGCUCGCAGUGCGGGACGCGCAGUGGACUUUUGAGUCGGCUGUGCAGGAGAAUGUCAGCAUUAACGGACAGGCCUGGGAGGAAGCUACAGAUCAUUGUUUUAUGGUAGAUUCUGACAUCAAAGUGCUUGAAGAUGAAUUUGAUGAGCUCAUAGUAGAUGUGUCGACAAAACGGAGGCAGUAUCCCAGAAGGAUCCUGGAGAGCAUCAUCAAAACCUUGAAAGCACAGCAUGCGAGUCUGAAGCAGUACCACCCUGUCGUGCCUCCCCUGGACCUGAAAUGUGACCCUGACCCAGCUUCUCGUGUGGAAGAUCUGAAAUGCCGUGGAGAAACCAUAGCUAAGGAAAUGAGUGAGGCCAUGAAGGCUUUGCCUGUGUUAAUUGAACAAGGAGACGGCUUUUCCCAGGUCUUAAAGAUGCGGCCUGUCAUCCAACUGCAGAGGAUCAGCCAGGAAGUCUUCUCCAGCCUUUGCAGGAGAGCAGAUUUCAAGCCUGACAAGUGUGGGACACACGUAGAAUCCACACCAACUGAGACUGGAGCCAGGAAGGCCUCCAACAUUGUGCUAAAGAGAAAGAAAGCCACAGACUGCGCCCAGAGAAAGUGCUACCCACUGCGGCCGAAGAGAAUUAAUCUCGAUAUGUGAGCUCUGUUUGUUGGGGAGCUGAAAGUCAAUGUUGUCAACAAUUGGGUCCCAGUCUGGUGCCUGGGUGACUUUAUUUACAGUAACGGACUCUACAGGUACUCUACAGGUACUGUGUACUGUUCUGAUGUCCUGGAAUCCAGUGGAGUUCCCUGCCUCUUCCCUUGAGUCCCUGGGCAGUAGGAGAAAAGACUUCCCCGUCGCACAGACCUGUCAGCCGCCUCAGAUGACACCAGCUCUUGGCUGCCUUGCAGCUAUCGAGGCGCCCCCCAGGAAGGGUUUUGUUGAUGCACAGCUCUCUCUAUGUGAGGUGGUCCCUGCGGCCUGAGAGUUGGGCUGGCUCUGUACAUUCCUAGGCAGUCUAUCAGGUGAACGCACAGAGAGUGGGCCUGGCUUUAGGUUUGCCCCACGGGCAGUUGAUUUGAGGUUUUAAAGUUUUGAGAGAUAAAUGAGAAGGUUAUUAUUGGGGCAAGAAAUACCCUUAAAAAGGAAACCUAGGGCACAGAGCCUCUAUUUCUUGCCUGCGUUUUCACUUUCAUAGGUCUUUGAACAUAAUUGGACUGGGAACUGUUAGUGUCUUUUAAAGUCCUUAUUUCCAAGUAGAUCCUUCCAGUUCAAAGUGUGUCUUAGGAUUGGUUGCCAUGUCACUUACCACAGAGCUAAGCAGAGUAAGCUGCUCUAGUUGUGGACGGUGUAUAUCUGAGAGAGUGUCAGACUCAGUGGUGUCAGCAAGCUUACACUGAGGUCUGGGCACAGCCCCUUACAGCCUGCACUGUGUCUUACCCAGGGCAUUGGAGGCAGGCCCUCGAGCUUGCUGUCUGUUUCCCUUUUGGGUGAUUAUACUUUUGUCCAUUUUCAGAGGACAAAACUUCAGAGUCACUGAUGGCGACUUGGAAAAACCACGUUGCUUUUGUUCGUUGUCCUAAUGAUCAUAAACAUUGUGGUUUGUCUUUAUGGAGAUGCUGCUUUAGGGAACUUAGAUUCCGUUUUAGUUAAAAUUUGAUUUGAUUUAGUGUUAAUAAUUAUAUGGGUCGGUGUUGGGAUUUUUAAGUAAUGUAUCAAGACCAAAAUCUUGGCCAACAAGGCAUUGUUGGUGGUGGCUUUUGUGGGAGAGCAGGCUGGGCUCUGCAUUUCAGGAUGAACUGGCUCUUGCUCUAAGGUCACUGUGUGACUCUAGAAGAGGGCUGCUCCUGGCACUGGAGUGAGAAGUGGCACUGGAGUAAGACAAGGCUAGCACAGCAGGCUGGGUGGCAGUAUGGUGGAUCCCACUGAAGCGAGAGCUACGCAGCAAGUUGGGGGAAUGAGCUUGGGGGCAUCCCCGAGGAGAUUCUGAUGGACCUGUGGAGUCAGGUCGGGAAAGGCCUCGUCACACGUGGGCUCUGAGGUCAGCGCAGAGGAGUUUGG